CCCUUUGCUGCUUCUCUGCCAUUUGCAAGAAAAAAAUUGUAGAACGUCCCCAACCAAAAAAACCAAACAAAAGAUUAAACAAUGACUAUUCAUCUUUGUCAGUCUCCUAAAAAACUUACCUGGAAGCAGAUCAAGCAGUCCAUUCUUGGUCGCCAUAGACUUGUAGACAAGUACAACUGCGGGGGAUGCUCACGUACAUUUGAAACACUAUGCUGUUUACAUUUUCAUUGUAUGAAACACUGUGAAGGCGGGUCAUAUGUUUUUGAUCAUGUGACCAGUACUGCAUUUCCAAAAUUUGAUAUGAGGUGUAGCGCCACUCAGUUCGAUGCUGAAGAUUCUAGCAAUGUAAUGCUGAAUCUGAAGGUUCUUACUGGACAUGCACGCUCAAUAAAUUCAGCCAGACAGAUUACAACUUCUCAUCGACUCAAGAAAAAUGAUCCAGACAUUGAAGAAUUGGCUAAGUCAGAUACAGAAACUUCAGACGAUAAUGAUAGGGUUAGUUUCAAAGCCAAGACAAGACAUCAGAAAGAAAAGGCGAGUGAAGAGGAUGUUGAUGAUGGGACAAAGGAAAAGAAAAAUGUUGCUGAAGACAGAAAGGAAAGAGAAGGCUUUGCUUUUGUGAAAGUGAGAAAUAUAGAAAAAAGAGAAGAUGGUUCCAUUACAUUUGAAAUGAAUGAAGAUGAUGCUGAUUUAUUCCAGGUUACUGCCAAUACUAUUAUAGAGCAGCUGAAAAGGAAUGGGGGAGAUAUACUUGAAACAGAUCAGGAAUUUGAGGUCCUGGUACCAGAUGACUCACUUCGUCUACGAGACACUAUAGCAGGAGAAGCUGUCACACAUUUUGAUAAACCAUCUACAUCUGAUUUAGACUGUGUUCAAGUACCUUGUAGUUCUGUUACAGAUAAAUAUAAACAGACAGAGAGUGACAAAGACACUGUCAGAGAUUCUGUUGUAACACCAGAGGAGGGAGAAAAUUCUUCUUGUACUGUUAGUCCUCCUAGAAAAGAGAAUUAUGUUGAUAAUGGCAGCAGUGAAAGUGACAGUGAACAGGACACUGAUAAAAGUAAAGAAUCAAGUGAUACCAAUGUUACAAAAGAUUGUAAAACAGAUUCAGAUGAGCAUAGUGUGAAGGAUGCGAAGAAAAGACUUGGAAUGAAGAAGAAAGUUAUAAACACAUUUGAUGAUACAUGUGCAUUGGAUAAGAUAAGCUUAGAACAAACCAAAAUGAAAGCAUUGGAAUCAGAACUAAAAGUUGCUAAUGAUAUGCAGAAUGAUAUUUUUGUUCAUACCAGGUCAGUCAGAAAAAGGAAGUUAACUACAAAGAUGAAAGAAAGUGAAUUACCAGACAUAAUGAAGGUUACAAAAAGGCAACCAGAACAAAAACAAAAUGUUACUUAUCUGUUAACAUCAAAAGAAACUAAAAGAACACCUAAUACUGGUGAAACUGAUUUUAUUGCUGGUGAAACUUUACUGUCAUUAAGAGAGAUUGGAGAUUUGAAACAAAUUAAAAGGUCUAGAUGUGAGUAUGUUGAAUCUUCUGUUAUAGGAAAGGAAGUCACAAAAGCUAUUGAACAAGAAAAACAUCCAAUGUAUUAUGCAACUACGGUCAGUAAUAUUGAUGAAAACAAGGAUGAAGGUUUUGAUUUUGAGAAAAAGGGAGACAUGGAUAUAGCUAAAAUUGUGGUAAAUGAGCUUGAUCAGUCAGAAAAAUCUGUUGAAAAUUGUCAGACUGCUCUGAUGGGGGAAGAUGAUGAGUCUUUAGAACAAGUAGAGAAUGGUGAUGAUAAGAAAAUUAUAGGUACUGAAAAUGAAUCUUUUGAUUCUUAUAAAAAAGCUGACAGGAUGGAAGCGGAAGUAUUGGACAAAUCACAGAAUCAGUAUUUUCCAAAGAAACAAAGGCAGAAAAGAGCAAAAGUAGGAAAGUCAUGUAAACGCACUGACUUUGAAUGUGAGGUUUGUGGUAAAGUUGGGACUCUAAAUAUGGUACGAUACCAUGAACAGAUGCAUUCUGAUAAGAUGCCGUACAAAUGUGAAGAAUGUGGAAAGUGUUUCAAGACUGCAGCAUGUAGAAGGAGUCAUGCACUGCAGCAUGGUGAGAAAAAGUGGAAAUGUGAGCUGUGUCCUGCAGCCUUUUAUAGGAAACAGUAUUUGGAGGUACAUAUGACUAAUCAUACUGGAGAAUACCCAUAUGUGUGUGAGUUAUGUGGACAAAAGUUCAAAAUGACCUACAUUCUACGUCGCCAUGUUAACAGUGUUCACAAAAACAUAAGAAAUUACAAAUGCGACAUAUGUGAUAAGGAAUUCUUUCGGGUUGCAACAAGAAAUCAGCACCGUAAUCGUCAUUUUGAUCCAUUCCUUCAGUGCUCAUAUUGCCCAAAGAAGUUCAAAGGUGACCUUGACCUUAGGAAGCACGAGUUAACUCAUACUGGAGAAAAAAUAUAUUUCUGUCCUCGAUGCAAUCAGGGAUUUACUCAAAUAUGGCCGUACUAUAAACAUAUGUGGAAAAUCCACAAUAUAGAAAAAGAAGAAGCCAAGAAGAUAAAAAUAAAAAAUCCAGAUAUUGUAAACAUGCGGAAUAUAAAUAAGGAUGCUGCAAAGAAAGAGCCUUCUUAUGAACAUGAAUUUAUUGGAAAACCGGGAUGUACUUUUGAUAUGAGAAAAAGUUUCAGUCAAAACGUAAAGAGGUUGAAAAUGAUGGAACGUGAUAGUCAGAGUCAGGGUCACGGUGAGAGUUACGAAUAUGCUAAAGGAAUUUGUGAUAGUAAUAUACAAAAUGAAGCUAACAGAAUUUAUGCAGAGACAAGUUCAGAUGUCACGGAUACGAUUGUUCUAGAUAUUGGAGAGGAUUUAGAUACAAGCGAAACAAUAGUUAUACAGACGGAGGAUGUACCAAUCGUGGAUAAUCAACAAACUGGUUAUAUUGUUGUAGACAAUGGUCAUGCAGGGGGAAAUAUAGUCAUUUAUUCAGAUCUGCCGCAAAAUGAAAUUGAAGAUGUUAGGGAAUACACAGCAAUGGAUAUAUGAGAGAGUAAGGUUAUUAAGGAGAAAUGUUAUACUGACAUAUUUAACUACCAUAGUGAUCUGUUUUCUUGGUUUGAGAGAUUGCUGAUGUGUUUUAACUUCUAACUAUCAUUACCUCUGGCUCAGUCCUUUAGUGAUAUGUGACAGCCAUGUUUGGAGUACAUUCAUUGUCAUUCAGCUUAAGCCAUUUUAAUGAGGGAUGAUGCAUAUUUGGUAAUUUCUCAUGAACAUUAAUUAAUUAAUUAAUUAAAUAAUUAAUUCAAAUUUACUGAUGUUGCUUUGCUUAAAAACAGUACAUACAAAUUUGAUUAUGGUCUGUAGACAUCUCAUUCAAACUGAAUACCUCUGAUUUGGAUCUGGAUGAUUUACUCCAAAACAGUUGCAAUCUUGUAAAUCAAAGGCCAUCAGUGUUUCCUUUGCUAGAACAUCCGAAAACCAAUGACCUAUAUCUGAUGUUCUGACAUAACCCAAUAUACUUCUUUUCUUGAAAACACAUAUUUCCUGUGUUUUUUAUUGCUUUUGGGGACACGUCGUUUUGAAAUUCUGAAAUAUUUCAUUACAUUUUGUGUCAUAGUUUUCAUGUUGAGCAGGUCAUGUUCCUGUAUGUAUAACCCUCCGGACAAAAUCCUCUUCGCACAGAUUAACCAGGGCAGACAAAAUCCCCUUCCUGUAAUUUUGUUGAAUAAAAACGAAGAUGAUCGGAAAUGAAAGAAAUGUUUUUAAGAUUAUAAUGAUCAGUUCUAAACAUAAGGAAGUGAAAGAUAUGAUUAGAAAUCACUGAAAGGGACAAGAUUUUGUUUGCUUUAGUCAAAUUGUGGAUGUGGGAUUUUGUCUGUGCUGGCGGCUGGGGCUUUUUUUCCAUAUCCCACUAUGAAUUUUAGAUUCAUAUAAACAUAACCUAAUAAAUCAUUAUCUGCUAUUAGGUUCCACUUCUGCAUCUGUAUAUUGACAAGGGCAGUAUAACCAUCAUGGUAAUGUUUGUAUAGCAAAACUGACUUUUGCACUGUAAUGUUACAUUGACCAACAACUUGGAACUAAGUGAUUAAGGCUUAAGACAAUCACAAUGUAUUCUUUUAUUUUGUUAUUUAAUUGCUCAUUAAAAUAAUGAAUUCUUUAAUCAGUUUUAGAAUAAUGAAUUCUUUAAUCAGUUUUAGAAUACACACAAAUAUGAGCAGUUAUAUAGUUUCUUUAUAGGUGGGUUACAUGAUAGCCCAAGUGAAAUUAGAACAAAUUUGUAAUGUUUUGGACAAAUUUUUAAGUGUAUAUAUAUAUAAAGAAUAGAUAAGUGUGUAUACAAUUUUGUUAGAAAUAAAACCUAUGAAUUAAAA